AUGUUUAAACUACAAGUGGUAUUAGUUCCACCCAGUGCUCAAAAUGCACUUCUUCCAUACGGGUUGGCGUCCAGUACAGCAGAAUCCUCUCAACUGUUUGGUGUCAAUCCAUUGACCAAUUCAAGAAAUCCAGAUUCAACUCUACCCUAUGCUCCCAGCGGUAAUGCAUCGAAUGUGGUUCCUCAUCAUUUUACAACUAGGACGAGGAAAUUUCUUCAUUUUACCAAAAGUGCGAAUUCUUUGUUGGAAUUAUCAACAGAAAUUGUUGAAAAAUGCAAUAAGAUGUACCCCUAUGUGGAUGAGAUUGAAAUCCUUAGCUUACAAGAUAGUCAAGGUUGUGAUUUAGAUCCUGAUUUUUUGGUUAAAGAUGUUUUCACAAUGGACAACGUCGUACGAGCCAUUGUCAGGAAUGAAUUAGAAAUUGAGGAUUCUUCGCCAGUUUCUUCAUAUAGAGCCGCCAAGAGGAAAAGACUUAAUAAUGGUUCUGUACAAAAUUCUAUUCCUAAUGGUGUUUUGAACAUUACAAAGAAGAGACCUGCAGCUUUUGCAAUGAGAAAUCCGUCAACAGCAAACAAUGGUAAUAUUAUUAGCAGCAAUAACAAUAAUAUUAACAGUGUCAGCAAUAACAUGCGUGUCUCGACACCAUUAGCACAUCAAAUCUAUCCACCACCUUCAGAUGGUGCUCAAGUUCGGAUGGAUUCAAAUAAUUCAGAAGAUGAAGAUGAAGAACAAGGUGAACGUUCCUUUUUACCACCGCCUGCACAACCACAGUCACCACCAAUUAGGGUUAGUUCGGGUAUAGAUCAAACCAAAAAGAUUAAAUCGAUGAUAGAAGACGAUACAGUUUCCAGAUCAGAAACUGUGGAUCCUGAUAAAUUGAGGCAACAGAGGUUACUUUCGGGCACUCCAGUCAGACCAACAAUGACUCCUAAUAGAGUGACAUUAACGGGCCAAAGAGUCGUUUCGGAAAACCAACCUGCACACCUGAAUAACGCCCAUUCCGAUAGAAAACCAUCAUUUUCAACAACAAGGAUUACAUCGGGUCGUCUGAGUAUCCCAGAACCAAAGAUUUCAGAAAUUGAAAAGGAAUUAAAAGAGGGACCUUCUAGCCCAUCUUCGGUACUACCGCCCAAACCGGAUCGUAUCCCAAUGAAAAGACCUUUGCAAGAAACUGAAGUUCAACGAACCGAAGAAGAGGAUGAAGAGGAGGAAGAAUCAGACGAAUCCGAGAAAAAGGUAAGGCAAUUCAUCCAAAGGCAAACCUCUAUUGCCGAUAAUAAUGGUUCCCCAACAAAAAAUAGCCCUUUAUCUGAAGAAAAUGUACAUUUGGCAGAACUACCACAGACCAGACCAUCUUCAGCGCAGCCACAAUUUCAGAGGAAAACUUCCCUAGAGGCUAAAGUGGAGCAUAAAUCUGCUAGCGGUGGAAAUUUAAUGGAUGAAGAAAGAUUAAGAAUUGAUAAUUUUAGCGAAGAUGAAGCUGAAGGUGUGCAAGAAAAAGAACAUGACAGGCAAUUGGAAGGUCAACUUGGUAGGGGAACGAGUCAAUCAAAAUUUAACGAUGCCAAUUUUGCUUCAUCAGCUGCUGCCAGAGAUGCUGAUGCUGACGACUCUGAUAACGAAACCGCCAACGACACAGUGGUGGUUAGGGAUACUGGUAGCAAGUCAUCUGGAAAUCAUAGUAUUAAUAGAGAAGAAUUAUUAAAGUUUAUGGAAGGUGAUUAUUCACCUACUUGGAAUAAACAAUCAUCGAAAAGAAAGCCUUAUACAACUGUCUUGCAUAAGGAUAUCGAUAAUUCUAAGCCAGAUCCAAGGAAUAUUUUGCCCGAGAAAAUGACAAGGAAUGCCGCUAAAAGAGCGGCCCAAUUACUUGCAGGCCGCGAGGAUGAAAGUUCCGAAUCAGAAUCAGAGCAAGAGAUCGAAGAAUCUUCGUCUGAUGAUGGCAGUAGUGGAAUCGAAGUCGACGCUUCAGCGGAUGAUAGUGACGAUAGAGUCGCAGUUGCUGAAAAUAACUCGGUAAAGACGUUGAACAUUCAUCCUUUGAAAGAAAUGGUGGUAAAAACAGAUGAAAAAAAUGAUCAACAUAAUGAUUCAGAGCAUUCCGAAGGAACUUCCUUCGGUUCUUCCUCGGAUCAUGAACAGAACGAUCUACCCGCUAAAAAUGAUGAACUUCAGGCUCCUAAGAUAGUGGUCCAUGAUUCGAAUUUACAAAAGCCUGAUUCAAAAACUCCUCAAUCCACCUUCACCUCUAAAGAGCCAUCAACUCAACAGCAAGAGAAAUUUUCCUCUUCAACAUCUUCGUUCCCAAGCGCUACUUUGAGUCGAUUUAGAACGCAAUUGUUGAACUCAGACAAGAAAUUGCCUAAAUCUUCACCUUCUUCCCUUCCUGCAAAUAAUUCCAAUGGAGAACAUCAAUGGAAGUUCGCUUCAUCGCCGACAGUUAGUUCAUCAGGACGUGAAGCUACUGAUCCUAGAAAUAUUGAAAGGCCUAAGAGUGCUAGUGCUGAGGACUCUAAAAGAUUGAAGGAAACUUUGAAGCAAGCAGAUUUGGAGGCAAAACAAAAAGCUUUUAAUGAAUCCAAGAGGUUUAAAGAAGAAGCUGAAGCCAAAAAGAAACAACAGGACGAAGAGAAGUUAAGGGUGAAGCAACAAGAGGCAGAAGUACAGAAGAAGAAGCAACAAGAAGAGUUGGAAAGGUUGAAACAACAACAAUUUAAAAAUCAGCAAGAAGAAUUGGAAAGGAAAAAGAGAGAAUUCCAUGAGAAGAAAAAGCAAGAAGAACUUGAACGUCAAAGGAGAGAAGAGGAGAAUAGGAAGAGAGAGGAAGAAAAUAGAAGGAAGGAAGCUGAAGCUGAGAAGAAAAGGAUAGAAGCCUUGGAGAAACAGAGGCAGGAAAAGCUUAAAUUAAAGCAACAGGAGGAACUCGACAAAAAGAAGCAGGAAGAAGAGGAGAAGAGGAGGAAAGAGGAAUCAGAAAAGAAGAGGCAGCAGGAGCUAGAAAAGAAGAGAAAGGAGGAACUCGAUAGAAAGAAGCAACAGGAAGAAAUGGAGAGGAAGAAGCAACAAGAAGAGGUCGAGAAAAGGAAAAGACAAGAAGAACUUGAGAAGAAAAAACAGGAAGAGGAACUAGAGAGAAGAAGACAACAAGAAGAGCUUGAGAAGAAGAAGCAAGCUGAAGUGAAGAAGAAGCAAGAAGAACUCGAGAAGAAGAGACAGGAAGAGGAACUACAGGGGAAAAGACAACAAGAAGAGCUUGAAAAGAAGAGACAGUUAGAGGAGUUAAAUAGAAAGAAAAAGCAAGAAGAGCUCGAGAAGAAGAGGAAAGAGAAAGAGGAUCAGGAACGAAAGAGGCGAGAAGAAGUUGAAAAGAAGAAACAAGAAGAUCUUGAGAAGAAAAGACAAGCUGAAGUGAAGAAGAAACAAGAAGAUCUUGAGAAGAAAAAACAAGCUGAAGUAAAGAAGAAGCAAGAAGAAGAAUUGCAACGGAAGAAGCAGGCUGAACUGGAUAAGAAAAAACAACAAGAUGCAAAGAAGAAGGCUAAGUCUGCUGCUGCUAAAUCGACUAUUUCAAAACCUGCGACUGCUAAAUCACCCGCUGUUACCAACGGCAGUGAUAAGUUAAAGGAGUUAAAAGCCAGAUUUACCAGUCCUAAAGCGUACGUUCCAACACCUGCUAAGAGCAGUCAACAGAAUAAUAAGGGCAGUGAUAACGAAGAAUCUGAGUCUUCAGAUGAUGAAAGUUCUACCGAAUAUUCUAGUUCCUCAUCUGAAGAUGAAGAUGAGUCCAGUUCUAAGAAAUCUCGUCGAAUGGUUGUCAAUACUCCAAAAGGAUCCGUUACGAGCGGCAAACAAAAAAGUUCUCCUAAGAAAGUGCCUGCUGAAGAUGAUAUAGAAGCGGCACCUCAAUCUACUCAACGUAGCAAUGUCUCAAGUCAACGUUCUCAAAGUGAAACUCCUAUUUCACGAUUUUUUCAUUCUCCAGGGAGAGGUCAAUCUCAAUCAGAACCUAAGGAAAAUUCAAGUAUUUUGGAUGGAUUACCGAAAAAAGUUCGUCCAUCCUUAAGCUCUCUGUCGGACUUAGCUUCAAGAGGUGUUCCUGAAGUAAGGGAGAAAGCCACUUCUUUGUCACCUGCCCCACAUGUUACCAGGGCUUCAGCCAAGAUUGAUAGUGAUUCUGAGGAAGAUGACUCUGAUGAAAAUGAUGGCUCAGACACAGAAUCGGAGGAUUCUGAUUCUGAUAGUGAUGAUUCUGAUUCUGGUAACAGUGGUUUCAUCAGUGCUAAAACCGCAGGUUCCGCGUUGGGUAAAAAGAAGAAAGGUGGUGGUGGAUUUGCUUCCUUAUUAAGAGAUUCACAAAGAAGAUAG